CGCCCAGACCUACCUGAAACGAAAGCGAAACCGCAUUGACUCCUCGGUUUGCUUCAUCACGGUGUUUACAUCAAUAAAAAUGGCUACUGAGGAUUUCUGCGACCUAAUGGACUGUGAGUCUUUGGGAGCCCAGGACAAUGUACAGAUGGAGUUGAACAAAUGCAAGAAGCAGUAUAAAGUGUUACUGAAUGACCAAAAACUACUGAGAGAGGGCAUUGAGAACAACAAAGACUUUGCCAAGAAAUUUAGAGAGCGAGUUGAGGAGAAGAAAGAGUUAAAUGAGGAUGAAAACAAGAAGCGUAGUAAAAGAAUUCAGUCUGACAAGGAGAAAUGCAGGGAUAUAGAGAGUCAGAAUACUAAGCUACGGAUGAAGAUCCUGAAAAUCAAAGAGGAGUUGCAAAGCCUGGACAAUAAAAACAGCAGCCUGAAAAAGCAAACUGAGAUCUCUACAGCAGUGCCCGAGAGGAAGGUUGUAUUUGAAGGAAAGACAAAAAAUGGUGCACAUGCUACAAGUUUUGAUGUGAAAUCCCAUAUAGUUUAUCCGAUGGAAGGUGGAACGGCCCUGAUCACCUUUGAGGAGGAGGAUGUGGCCCAGAACAUCUUGAGCCAGCAGAAGCAUGUGGUGGCGCUCGGGGAAUGUGCCAUCACUGUACAGGCUAAACCCAUUCAGUUCCUGGUACCCGGCUAUGUUGAGAUGGAAACUCAGGUUUGCUCACACAGAAUCUUAGUCUCCAACUUACCGAUGGAAGAACCAGAAGAGCGAAUACUAGACAAACUGGACAUCCACUUCUCUAGGAAGAGGAAUGGAGGCGGUGAGGUGGAGGAAACAGACAUGCUGCACGACUCCAAGACUGUGGUCAUCACAUUCGUAGAGGAUAACGUUGCCAAACCUCUCACUGACAAACAGGAACAUGAGGUAGACUUUGGUAAAAGGAAGUACAAGGUGAAGGUCACUCCAUUCCUCAAUGGCAAGAUUUCGGAGAUGAAGAUCAGCGAUUCAGUGUGUAUGCGCACAGUUCUGCUUACGGGGAUCCCUGACAUCAUGGACAAAGACAAUCUGCAGGACCACCUGGAGAUCCACUUCCAGAAGACAUCUAACGGUGGUGGAGAGGUGGAAGCUAUCAUCUACAACCCUCUGGGCCAAACCAGCACUGCUGUGUUUGAUGAAGACUCCCCUAAAGACAGCCAGACUGAAUAAGAAAACUCAGAAUGCUAAUACUGCCUGCCUGUACACACACAAAAUAAGAGAAUUAAUGCACAGCAGAAUCCGUCAACUCCUGAUUCCGUCUGCUUGCAGAAUGACUAUGCAAUUUCUAUUUACUGCGAUCUUUACCUCAUGAGUCUUUAAAGAAUAUAAACGAUAUAAUAAUCAGUCUCUCCAGGAGUUUAAUGGACCUUUAGAUAAAAAAAACAAACAUUUUUACAAGAUUUUUUUGUUUUUUUUUUACAGCAAAACAAAAGAUUUUAAGCACAUAUUGACUUUUUUUUUUUUUUUAAGAAAAGCUGGCAACAAAUAUAUACAUCAAAUAUCCUUGUAAAAUGCUGGAGGGAUUGAGUAAUGUACUACAUUAAUGGAUACUUUUUUUCUCUCGUUUAAAGUUCUUAGUUUUAUUUCUUGUUAUCUGGUGAUGAAAAAUGUUGGCAGAUUGAGGUAUGGUUAUGGGUUAAUCUUAAAACAUUUCUUAAAAUGAUUGUUCUCUGUACAUAUAUACAACAAAAUCUUGAAAAGAACAAAUACCUAAAUAAAUCUGCAAAAACUUUCA